CAAAAUUUUAGCUCAUAAAUAAAAAAUAUAGUUUUUGUUCAUUUUAAAAUUCACAAUGUCCCUAACAAUUAAAAGAGUUGAAAAUAUUUCAAGAAAGAAACGAAAAUCUGGAAUAAUAAUCACAGUUCCCAAAAAAGAUUCUCUGGAAGACGAUGCUUCAAAAUUUGUGGUCAUAGAGGAUUUUUACCUGGAGAAUUUUCCUCCCUUAAGACCAGUUUACAGGAAAGAUAUUCUAGGUACUCCCAUUGUGUUUCGUGUAACGAACGGUAUUGAUUAUUAUGGUGAAUUAAAUUGUAAUGUUUUUAUCCAUUCUAUAACCUUUAUGAAGGAAUACAAAAGUAAAUCUUUCGAAGAGCUUCGUUGGGAAGAUUAUUCUUUAGGAAGAAAACAGAUUCUUCAUUACGAAGAAAAUAGUUAUCUUAAUUGUCUUUUCACUAACUCAACUAACAAAAAAAUAAUUUACGAAUUCUUCGAUCCUGCUCCUAAAAAUAUACCAAAUACUUUAGAAAAACAAAAAUCACUUUCAUCCUUUGGAAAAUAUGCAAAUUCCAAAGAACGAGAAUUAUGCAAGACUCCAAAUGUUUCUAAGUCGAUUUGUUUCUUAAAUUCUCCAGUUGCUACUUUAAAAAUUGAGAAGAAACCCAAUGAUUACAAAAAUGAUGUGCAAAAUCCAACGUUCAUAAAUAGUCUUGAAUCGAUUGGUAAUCUAGAAAAGGAAAUUAAUACUUCAAAGAUAUUAAAGGCAAGAUCCAUACUUACACAUGUUGAUAAAUUGUCAGAAACGAUUAAAGUAAAAAAUAAUAAUCUCAAAUCUGUUAUUGAGGUUAAUUCAGGUUACAAAGGUGUCUCAUCUAGACAAGAGUACAUAGAAAUGAUAAGAAGUAACCUGGUUAGGUAUUUUGAAAAGGCAGAUGCUCACGCUCACAUUCCUUAUGACUUUUUAACGCUAAACACCAAAUUCUAUUUACCUUGUGCUGAGAUUGGAUUUGUCUAUCAGAAUGCGAGACCAUCUUCAAAAGUGAAUAGUUCAGCUUCAGAUUCAUUAAGAAAUGUAGCAACAAAUCAAAAGGGUAUUCUUACAGAAAGGGACUUAGGUUUAACAGGAAAUACUUUAUUAAAUCAAGAACAUAUUUUACAAUGGAAGUAUAAUUCUAAGGGUAAAUUUCGAAAGCAGUAUUUCUAUAAUCAUUUUUGCUUUUACGAACGCCCGGGAGGAACUAAAACGAUCUCCAGAGGAAAAUAUAUUCUAUCUGGACAAAAUACACUGUUCUAAUAUUUUUCUAGUUCAAACCAUUAAUAAAAA